AUGACAAGCCUAGGCGUCAGUGAAGAGUCCACCACCUCCCGUAGCCAACCAGGUUCAACUCACUCAACAGUGUCACCUGCCAGCAGCACCACGCCAGGCCCCAGUGAGGAAUCUACCACCGUCUACAGCAGCAGCCCAGGCUCAACUGAAACCACAGUGUUCCCUCGCAGCACCACAACCUCAGUUCGUGGUGAGGAACCUACAACCUUCCACAGCCAGCAGGCCGCAACUCACACAACGCUGUUCACUGAGGACACCACCACCUCGGGCCUCACUGAAGAAUCUACAGCCUUCCCCAGCAGCCCAGUCUCCACCCGAACAGGGCCUUGUUGGAGAAUCUACACCCUCAACCCUCAGUCCAAGCUCAACCGAAACAACAACUUUACCCGGCAGUCCCACAACACCAAGCCUCGCACGACAAGCUCAGGCGUCAGUGAAGAAUCCACCACCUCCCACAGCCGACCACACACAGGCUCAACGCACACAACAGCGUUCCCUGGCAGUACCACCAUGCCAGGCCUCAGUCAGGAAUCUACAGCUUCCCGCAGCAGCCCAGGCUCCACAGACACAACACUGUCCCCUGGCAGUACCACAGCAUCAUCCCUUGGUCCAGAGUCUACUACCAUCCACAGCAGCCCAGGCUCCACUGGAACAUCACUCUUACCUGACAACACCACAACCUCAGGCCUCCUUGAAGCAUCUACGCCCGUCCACAGCAGCACUGGAUCGCCACACACAACACUGUCCCCUGCCGGUUCUACAACCCGUCAGGGAGAAUCUACCACUUUCCAGAGCUGGCCAAGCUCAAAUGACACUGCGCCUGCACCUCCUAGUACCACAUCAGCCUUUGUUGAACUAUCUACAACCUACCAUAGCAGCCCGAGCUCAACUCCAACAACACAGCUUUCUGCCAGCUCCACAAUCUUGGGCCGUAGUGAGGAAUCGACAACAGUCCACAGCAGCCCAGUUGCAACUGCAACAACACCUUCAUCUGCCCGCUCCACAACCUCAACCUCAGGCCUUACUGAAGAAUCUACAACCUACCACAGCAGCCCGGGCUCAACUCAAACAAUGCACUUCCCUGAAAGCUCCACAACUUCAGCUAGUGAAGAAUCAACAACUUCCCACAGCAGCACAACACACACAAUAUCUUCACCUCCUGGCACCACACCUGGCCCUGUUGAAGAGUCUACAAGCUACCACAGCAGCCCGGGCUCAACUGCAACAACACGCUUCCCCGACAGCUCCACAACCUCAGGCCGUAGUGAGGAAUCAACAGCAUACCACAGCAGCCCAGACGCAACGGGAACAACAGUCUCAUCUGCCCGCUCCACAACCUCAGUUCUUGUUGGAGAAUCUACGACCUCACCCAUCAGUUCAGGCUCCACGGAAACAACAGCCUCACCCGGCAGUACCACAACGCCAGGCCUCAGUGAGAAAUCUACCACUUUCUACAGUAGCCCCAGAUCACCAGACACAACACUCUCACCUGCCAGCACGACAAGCUCAGGCGUCAGUGAAGAAUCCACCACCUCCCACAGCCGAAAAGGCUCAACGCACACAACAGCAUUCCCUGACAGCACCGCCACGCCAGGCCUCAGUCGGGAGUCUACAACUUCCCGCAGCAGCCCAGGCUCAACGGAUACAACACUGUUACCUGCCAGCACCACCACCUCAGGUCCCGGUCGGGAAUCGACAACAUCCCACAGCAGCCCAGGUUCAACUGACACUGCACUGUCCCCUGGCAGUACCACAACCUUAUCCUCUGGUCAAGAAUCUACAACCUUCCACAGCAGCCCAGGCUCCACUCACACAACACUCUUCUUUGACAGCACCACAAGCUCAGGCAUCGUUGAAGCAUCUACACGCGUCCACAGCAGCACUGGCUCACCACACACAACACUGUCCCCUGCCAGCUCCACAAGCCCUGGCCUUCAGGGAGAAUCUACCGCCUUCCAGACCCACCCAGCCUCAACUCACACAACGCCUUCACCUCCUAGCACCACAGCAGCCCCUGUUGAGGAAUCUACAACCUACCACCACAGCCCAGGCUCGACUCCAACGACACACUUCCCUGCCAGCUCCACAACUUCGGGACACAGUGAGAAAUCAACAACAUUCCACGGCAGCCCAGAUGCAAGUGGAACAACACCCUCACCUGCCCACUCCACAACCUCAGGUCGUGGAGAAUCUACAACCUCACCCAUCAGUCCAGGCUCAACUGAAAUAACAACGUUAUCUGGCAGCACCACAACACCAGGCCUCAGUGAGGCGUCUACCACCUUCUACAGCAGCCCCAGAUCACCAACCACAACACUCCCACCUGCCAGCAUGACAAGCCUAGGCGUCAGUGAAGAGUCCACCACCUCCCGUAGCCAACCAGGUUCAACUCACUCAACAGUGUCACCUGCCAGCAGCACCACGCCAGGCCCCAGUGAGGAAUCUACCACCGUCUACAGCAGCAGCCCAGGCUCAACUGAAACCACAGUGUUCCCUCGCAGCACCACAACCUCAGUUCGUGGUGAGGAACCUACAACCUUCCACAGCCAGCAGGCCGCAACUCACACAACGCUGUUCACUGAGGACACCACCACCUCGGGCCUCACUGAAGAAUCUACAGCCUUCCCCAGCAGCCCAGUCUCCACCCGAACAGGGUUGCCUGUCACCCUCACAACCACAGACCUCGGUGAGGAAUCAACAACCUUCCCCAGCAGCUCAGGCUCAACUGGAACAACACUCUCACCUGCCCGCUCCACCACCUCAGGCCUUGUUGGAGAAUCUACACCCUCAACCCUCAGUCCAAGCUCAACCGAAACAACAACUUUACCCGGCAGUCCCACAACACCAAGCCUCGGUGAGAAAUCAACCGCCUUCUACACCAGCCCCAGAUCACCAGAUGCAACACUCUCACCUGCGACCACAACAAGCUCAGGCGUCAGUGAAGAAUCCGGCACAUCCCAUAGUCAACCGGGCUCAACGCACACGACAGCGUUCCCUGACAGCACCACCACGUCAGGCCUCAGUCAGGAACCUACAACUUCCCACAGCAGCCAAGGCUCAACAGAGGCAACGCUGUCCCCUGGCAGUACCACGGCCUCAUCCCUUGGUCCACAGUCUACAACCUUGCACAGCAGCCCAGGCGCCACUGAAACCACACUCUUACCUGACGACACCACAACCUCAGGCCUCGUGGAGGCAUCUACACCCAUCCACAGCAGCACUGGCUCGCUACACACAACACUGACCCCUGCCAGCUCCACAAGCGCUGGCCUUCAGGAAGAAUCUGCCACUUUCCAGAGCUGGCCAAGCUCAAGUGACACAACACCUUCACCUCCUAGCACCACACCAGCCCCUGUUGAAGUAUCCACAACCUACCACAGCCGCCCGAGCUCAACUCCAACAACACAGUUUUCUGCCAGCUCCACAACCUUGGGCCGUAGUGAGGAAUCAACAACAGUCCACAGCAGCCCAGGUGCAACUGGAACAACACGCUUCCCUACCCGCUCCGCGACCUCAGUUCUUGUUGGAGAACCUACAACCUCACCCAUCAGUUCAGGCUCAAUGGAAACAACAGCGUUACCCGGCAGUACCACAACAGCAGGCCUGAGUGAGAAAUCUACCACCUUCUACAGUAGCCCCAGAUCACCAGUCACAACACUCUCACCUGCCAGCACGACAAGCUCAGGCCACCGCCACGCCAGGCCUCAGUCGGGAGUCUACAACUUCCCGCAGCAGCCCAGGCUCAACGGAUACAACACUGUUACCUGCCAGCACCACCACCUCAGGUCCCGGUCGGGAAUCGACAACAUCCCACAGCAGCCCAGGUUCAACUGA